GGUGACGUGGCCAGAAAUUCGACCAGCCACGUGGAAAAGCGGAAAGUGCUUGACGUGGGCGAACGGCGACGAUUUCAUUGUCGUUUGUGUUCGACAACCUUUUUGUUAUAUGCGUUUGAUUUGCCGUUAACCGUUGGCGCUUAGAAAUGCAAUACCACGCCAUCAAAAGAAGCAAGCUCAUCCGCCCUGCACUCAAAACCACCGCCAUCGCCGCCAACAAAAGAGAAGCAGAGCAGAGCUGCUUAGCUCUCCUGCAAGCCUGCGACGCCGUUCCAAAGCUUGCCCAACUCCACGGCCACGUUUUGAAAUUGGGUCUUCGAAACAACCCACUGGUCCUCACCAAGUUCACCUCCACGGCCUCCGACCUCAAGGCCAUUGACUAUGCCUCUCCCUUUUUAUUUGCACCAGACGCCGAUACCCAUCUCUAUGAUUCGUUUCUUUUCAAUACCAUCAUCAGAGCUUAUGCUCAAACUAGUCAUGGAAAGCAUAAAGCUUUGUGCUUUUACAAUGUUAUGCUUGAAGGUGCUGUUUUGCCUAAUAAAUUCACGUACCCUUUUGUCCUCAAGGCCUGUGCCGGCCUUGGGGACUUGAAUUUGGGCACGUCGGUUCAUGGGUCGGUGGUGAAAUUCGGGUUUGACGAUGAUGUUCAUGUCUGUAACACUAUGGUUCAUAUGUAUUGUUGUUGUAGUGGAGGGAUUGAAAGUGCUCGGAAGGUGUUUGAUGAAAUGCCCAAGCUGGACUCUGUUUCGUGGAGCGCAAUGAUUGGAGGGUAUGUGCGUGUGGGGUGGUCCACAGAUGCGGUUGACUUGUUUAGGGAAAUGCAGAUGGUGGGAGUUAGGCCGGAUGAGAUUACUAUGGUCUCGGUUCUGUCUGCGUGUACGGAUUUAGGUGCACUUGAACUUGGGAAGUGGGUUGAGUCUUACAUUGACAAAGAAGGGAUUCAGAAAACUGUGGAGCUUUCUAAUGCACUCAUUGACAUGUUUUCCAAAUGCGGGGAUGUGGAGAAAGCUUUGAAAUUGUUCAGAAACAUGAGUGGCAGAACAAUUGUUUCAUGGACUUCUGUGAUUGAUGGUCUGGCAAUGCAUGGCCGGGGAAUGGAGGCCAUGUCUUUGUUUGAGGAAAUGAUUGGAACCGGAGUAGCACCUGAUGAUGUUGCUUUCAUAGGAUUGUUUUCUGCGUGCAGUCAUUCCGGGUUGGUUGAAAAGGGUAAGAGCUACUUCAGUUCAAUGGUAGAAAAAUUUCACAUUGUACCUAAGAUAGAACACUACGGAUGCAUGGUGGAUAUGUUAUGCAGGGCCGGGCUUGUCAAGGAGGCAUUGGAGUUCAUUCAAAAAAUGCCGAUUGAGCCAAACCCGAUAGUUUUGCGAACCCUAAUCAGCGCUUGCCGUGCCCAUGGCGAACUCAAGCUUGGAGAGAGCAUCACCAAAGAGUUAAUCAGGAAUGAACCUAUGCAAGAGUCAAACUAUGUUCUACUUUCCAACAUAUAUGCAAAAAUGACACAUUGGGAGAAGAAAGCCAAGAUUAGAGAGGUGAUGGACAAGAGAGGGAUGAAGAAGAUCCCCGGGAGCACUAUGAUCGAGCUAGAUCACGAAAUUUACGAAUUCGUGGCUGGAGAUAAAUCUCAUAAGCAGUACAAACAGAUUUACGAGAUGGUGGAUGAGAUGGGGAGGGAGAUGAAGAGAGCUGGAUAUAUUCCCACUACAUCAGAGGUUUUGCUAGAUAUUGAUGAAGAAGAUAAAGAAGAUGCUUUGAAUAGGCACAGUGAAAAGUUGGCCAUUGCAUUUGCCCUCCUUAAUACGCCGCCGGGAACUCCCAUUCGGAUAGUGAAGAAUUUGCGAGUUUGCGAUGAUUGCCACUCUGCUACAAAGUUCAUCUCUAAGAUUUAUAAUCGAGAAAUAGUUGUGAGGGAUCGAAACAGGUUUCACCAUUUCAAGGAUGGUAUGUGUUCAUGUAGAGAUUUCUGGUGACGAACCAAAUAAAAUUUGAUGAGUACCAAUUCAUUUGAUUGGACCACAAUUUUCUGG